CCGGCGGGCAGGCAGAACUCGAGCACCGGAAGUGUCACCGCUUGUUGAAAAAGGAAGCGGAACCACAUACCGAUGUGUUCAGAGCGUUCCGAGUGGACGUGUGGAGAACUUUUAACGUUGUAAAAUUUCGCUGUUUUUGCAUCCCCAUCAAACACCAACGGACCUCUCUACAGUUUCAUCUCCGUUCCAAAUUCAAGAUGUUUAACAGACAGACGAGCCUGUGGAUGGGUGAUUUGGACCCAUACAUGGAUGAGACCUUCAUCAAGCAGGCAUUUAGCGCCAUGGGAGAAUCGCCGUUUGGAGUCAAGAUCAUCACUCACAGGAUAACAGGGGGUUCAGCUGGAUACUGCUUUGUGGAGCUGGCAGAUGAAGCAAGUGUCGACCGCUGUGUCCAAAGACUGAACGGAAAACUGGUUCCCGGAUCAAACCCGCCUCGGAAGUUCAAGCUAAACUAUGCCACCUACGGCAAGCGGCCAGAGGCAGGGCCGGAGUACUCAGUGUUUGUGGGCGACUUGGCCUCCGAGGUGGACGACUUCCAACUGCACCAAGUUUUCAAGAAGUACCCUUCCUGCAAGGGAGCCAAAGUAGUCACUGACCAGUAUGGAUACUCCAGAGGUUACGGCUUCGUCAAGUUUGGGGAGGAGAGCGAGCAGCAGAAGGCGAUCGAGGAGUGCCAGGGUACGAUGCUGGGGGGUAAGCCGCUCAGACUCAGCGUUGCUGUAGCAAAGAGCCAGAAGAUGAGCAACUACCACGGGGGCCAGGGCCAGAAUUACCAUAGCAACUACAACCAAUCCCAGUCCAGUUACUACGGCAACCAGGGCAGCGGGGGUCAGGGGGGCUACUACGCUCAGUGGGGUGGCUAUGACCAGUACAGCGGCUAUAACAGCGGCUAUAACACUGGCUACAACACGGGCUACAACUACAACUAUGGGCCCUAUGGAUACCCCCCACCAGGUCACAUGAUGCCACCACCUCCAAUGGGGGUACCACCCAUGUCCACUGACAUAUCCGGAGCUGUAGAGCAGGGCCACGAGGAGGGUGGGGAUAAUGAUGAUGAUAAUUCAGAAGAGCCCAUAACUGAAUGUGACGUGGAGCAGUGGAACAAAGAUUUUAUGCAGCGCAGCGAGGAGCUCUACGACGCCAUGAUGAACUGUCACUGGGAACCCCUGGACUCUGUGAACUCCCCCAUCCCCUCCCUCUCCUGAUGAAUCUCCUUCUGAUCCCUCCCCAAAAAAUAUUUCAUUUUUUAUGAUUUUUUUUUUACUUCCCCUAAUCUACCAUGAUCUAACACCACCUUAAAAAGGCCGGUUCAGUACUUACCUAAGCCCGACUGAAGGCUGAGAGUACAUACAUGUACAUGUUUCUCUUCAAAUACUCAAAGUACACACAAAUAUUCACUUGAUUUUAAUGUUUACCAUGUUGGUAAUAUCCAAAAAGUUGUUCAAUAAUCAGUGAUGUAACUGUGUAGUGCAUACUGUUUUGUAUGAACUCAAUAAACCAGAAGCUAAAAGCUUUAGGAUGAAGUGCUGAAGUAGUCUAUCUCUGCUGUUGACUGGCACACAGUAGCUGUAGCAUUAGAAACUGAACGUCACGUGUCAAUAUUUCACCAUAUAAUGAUAUCACUGAGGAACAAACUCCACUGGUUAAUUUUGUCGAUCCAUGUUGAAAUGGCGACACCGGCAAAAGCUAACUUUGCUCAUUGGAUGUGGCCCUGACUUUUUACGGACGUAAAGAAGAGAUUGUCUUCUGAAGACA